GGUAACUCGAUUGUCCACGUGAGCUUUUUUCAGCUGUGUGCUGCAUAGAUCGAGUGGAUGGCGGGGGUUCUGUAAAAAUAAUGUAUUUUCGGCUUCAGAUCCUUUUAUACAUGUAACGGGAGUGUCAUUGUGUUUAUCGUGGCAAAUAGCGUAUCUUCUGCAAGGUAGUCAUUUGUGUGUGCGCGUGGAAAUGGCCAAAGAUUUUGCUGCAGCUUCAAGGGGCUGCGAUGCCAUCUCUUCGGAGAGCUCUGCAGUGAUUAAAGAACACAAAUCACGAGGGUUGCCAUUCAUGCAGAUGGGGUCAUAAGAUGGAAUCCAUAGAAAAAUGGAACAAAGAUGUUUUCGUACUUAAGCUGCCGGAUAAGAAGCUAAACUCCAAAAAGAAUGGCAUGAUAGCCAAUGUUCACAACCCGUCCAAGAUCAACAAUUGUCUGCAGCACUCGAUCACUCGUUCAGAAUGUGUUACUGGCUCCUGUCCUAACCUCAUCAUGAGUAGGUCCGAGCAGCCCGAGUCCCGGCCAGGAGCCCGGGUCCUGACCCCACAGAUGCCCCCCAGGACCCACCGGCCCCUCUGCUUCUCCAUCUCCUCCGACAGCAGCGGCCGCUUCAAGGCUCUGGAGACGCCCGAGUGGAAGAACAACCUCAAAGCGCAGAUGGAGCAGGCCCACAGCGCCGGGGCCGCCAGCAGUACGGGCUCCCUGGAACGCGCCUCCCUCUUCUGCGCCUCCGGUUCCACCGCGACCCCCAGCUCCGGCCUCCCCAGCCCCGUGGAGCCUCUCGUCAAGAGCAGGUCCUCCAGCCGCUUCGCCCUCUUCUCCCCGCCUUGGAACAGCAGCACCGAGUCGGAAUCGAACCCCCCGUCGCGCUCGGGCUCCAAGAAGCUGCGCAGCUACAGCUGCCGCGCCGGUUCUGGCGGGACCGGCGCCGUCGAGCCCAGGACGGCAGACGGCGAGCACUUCCACUUCUCCGAGCCGGUGAUCUCCAAGGUGACCGACUACAUCUACGUGGGCAACCUGAACGCGGCAUACAGCGGGCGCACGCUGUGCAGGAACAACAUCGACAGCAUCAUUGACAUGAGUAGUCUGCCGGGGGAGGCGGGGCCCUGCCUCAUCCCCUGCACCUGCACACGGGGGGCUCGGCACAGCUGGUCCCGCCUCAAGGUGGACAUGGGCGACCUAUCGGACGCCGCCACCGAGGGCCCCGCCCUCCGACAGCGCUGCUUCGAGGACAUCAACGAAUGCAUCGAUGCUUCCACGGAGAAACGCAAGCGCGUGCUGGUUCACUGCCGGGAUGGCUACUCUCUGGCCCCGGCCUGCAUCAUCCAGUACCUCAUGGUUCGGCAGAACAUGAGGCUGAUCGCUGCCUACGAGCUGCUCAGGGCCCGAUACCCAGUAAACAUCCGGGAGUGCCACCAGAACGUGCUGGUCAGCCUGGAGAGGGCGCUGCGUCCUGGUGGGGAUGUGGACCCUGAGUGUUUCAAGCAAGCGAUCUCCCGGAAGGUGGCCUGGACCUGAAUCAUCUUCCAGUUUGUGGUAAUUUUUAUCUCAACCUUUUAGUUUUUUUUAUUUUUUUUUUAUUUUCUGAUGCCAGCCUCCUCAAGUCCCUCCUGAAUCAUAUCUGUGAGAUGUGAUGUUGUGAUUCCCGUAGGAAUGAUCAAUGAGCUAUUUAAAGUAUAUAUAUUAAUAAAUGGUUUGUACUCCGCUGUUCGCAAGUUGGACUCAGAAUAAAUUCAUCAGGAUGAUCUUCUGCGGCUGUCUGUCACUCUGCUGGUCCAGUCUGCCUGCGGGGAGCCUUGUUCUUCAGUGUAGCCGACAUGGACACCCUCAGCCACCCAUGUUUCAGAACUUCCCGAACUUUUGCGGCGCACUCUCUGUCAUGCGGGAUUGGAUGCUGUCAUUUCAAGAGGAUCUCAGGUGACCUGGUGACAUGGAUGCGGGAUUUUUGGCCGAUCAUGGCAUCUUCCCUGACUUCUGCUUGGCUGGGGGAGACUCAGACUUUUUUGGGGUAUGGGGAGGGAGAAGACCCCACCUGUGUGUGUGUGUGUGUGUGUGUGUGUGUGUGUGUGUGUGUGUGUGUGUGUGGCCGACCAUUCUGGGUGGCCGAUCUUUGAACGAACAGGAUAAACGUUAUCCGAUUGUCCACGGAGCUCUCUGGUAACACAAGGGCAGUGCAGAGAGCUCACCCUGGGGCGUUUUCAUUGAUGUGUUUCCAAUCUGACAUCUCUUGGCAAUCCGGUGCCCGUAAGCAUGGUGUGCUUGUUAGCCAUUAGCAUUUUUUUGAUACUGGUUUUGACCUGACACUGGGUGCUGCCUAACCGCAACGGUGAAGCUAUUAUUUUAUAUUUUAAUUACAUCCCCUUCCUCCUGCCGUAUGCCAACAUCCAGGCUCAAAUCUACAAGCAUUACAGUCGUUUCAGCCACUGACGAUCAUCCCCUUGUGCGUUCGCACGAAACCUUGGUGUCCGUGGAAUUUUCCGUGACGUUUUAGCACAGCACAGUCCUACGCUAUUCGAUAUUACAGAGUGUCGUAUGUGCUUGGUGUUCUGAUUGGUCGACCGGUCAUCGGUGCCAGUAUUUAUCCAAACAAAUGUUGUGAUGACCAAUGCGAAACGUUUGUAACGUAACAUCUGACAGUGCAUUCUUCCAGUGUGUCCGGUAUUGAUAUUGUUUUUCAUUGAUGGAAGAUAUGGCUACUGUUCGUUUGAUUUCCAGGUAUUGGUUUUGCAAGUAGAUUUUUUUUAUUUUUAAUAUAUAGAGACUGGUACUCUGUCAGUGCUAGGUAAGUCUAAGAACACUCAGGCAAAUUUUGUAAAACCAAGAAGUUUUGACCGUGUUGGAAAGGUAAUUUACAAAAACAUGCAAAGCCAGCAAUGUUUCUAGUGUCAUGGUUUUAAAGUCCAAUGUAUUUGUAAAUGGAGCUGUAAAUAUUAAAGACGACAUGGUGCAGUUGUA